AUGGCUGGUCGUUACGAUGUAAGCUCUCAGGCGCAACAGGCGAGCCCUUAUGCGACCUUGCCAGGCACAUCGCAGGCUGGCUUUGUCCCGCACAACAUGACGCCGAUGAAAUCCAACCUGGCACCUGGUAGGGAAAUUGCUGGCUGUAACCCUAGCCGAUGGGUUUACGAACUACUAAACAACAACUUCACUGUCUGCGAUUUGUUCGAGCGAGCCCGACACGCGAAGCUGGAGAGCACGUACACCUGGGACCAUGCUCACAAACUGGUCAUGAACGGAAACCAAAGCUACUCGACACCUUCGUGUCGGCUCACCCUCGAGAUAUCCGAACCCCGUAUGCCGCAGACUUGGGUGAACCUUCUGUUGGACCGGGAGGCUAUUUGCGAGCAACUGAGGAUAGCCAGGGAACAGGAACCUAGCCGUUAUGAAGCUGCUACCGACGAAUGGGCCAAUCAAGCAACGCUGAAUCUAAAUACGUACCUUAAGAAUCUGCUCGAGUCCACCCCGGAGGACGUCAGAAGCAUUUCAAAGAGGAACAAGCGUUUUGCUGUUUUGUUUGGACCGCGAUGCUUUGCCAUGUUCCGCCAAUUGGAAUUUACCGAGAAAGUAGAACUUAGAGACGGUGUUGACGAAGGCUUUUUCACUCCCUCGCCUCCCCCACCUGCAGGUGGUCCUUCGGAAACGACUGAAAUAGGUACCUAUCGAUCAUACUUAGAAGAUGUACGGGCUGAAGUACAGUGCCUGAUACACAAGGCCGGCCAGGCAGCGGAAAAGCCGACAAUCAUCACGCCAGUUCUACACGAAGGUUUAGGAUGCAACGAAGUGCCCAAUGCUGCUACGAAUGCAUUGGUCAAUGUGGAGCGAUACAGGCUGAUCGGAGUACUCCCUAAUCAAUCUCGAGAAGCGGUAGUCAAUUCUUACAAACGCCAAUGGGACUUGCUGCCCAGCUGCAGAAGAGCAUUGGUAGACAGUAUUAUGGGCAUUGCAAAUGAUUCCGGCGACGAACUGCUGUCUGAUUAUGCUAUUACCCAAUCCUCAGUAUUUGAUAACCAAACACACAGGCCUGCGACUAAGGAUGACGAUGGCCUGGUUCCGCAAGCACUCAACUUCCUGGGUUUGCAACCUCCGAAUAAUUAUAGCGCAGACUCCCUGAUUCAAGCAUUUAGACAGAAGCUUGCUCGAGAUCCGGCAGAUGCCACCACGGCACGAUCUAUGCUGCUGCUGAUCGCACAAAAUUCAAAUGAUGAUAUGUACCAAGCUCAACUACUCAUGGAAGCUGAUGCGAAGAUGUCUCUGGAAACGAGUCGGGCGAUCCUUGAACUGAAACCCGUGGACGCCCCUUGGGAGACUACUUAUGAAGCUGCCAAGAAGAAGAUCGAGUCAAGUAAAUGUAAGGAGGCUACUCAGGUCUACCUAGAUGCUUUGGAGGCAAUUGCGGAUCAUACCUACUCUCCAGCACUCAAGCAAGCGGCGAUGGAGCUUCGACAAGAAAACGGUAUAUAUGGGGUCAAGGCCAAGGAUGACAAUGAGCCAGUGAACUAUGCGUUGCCGAUCGGGCUGCACAACAUUGGAAACACCUGCUACUUGAACAGCCUGCUUCAAUACCUCUUCACAGUCAAGCCUGUACGAGACAUCGUGUUAAACUAUGACCAUGUCAAACUGGCCUUGGAUGAUGAAAGUAUCAAGGCCCGACUUCUAGGCGGCAACAAGAUGCAGAUGGACCGUGGCGAGGCUAUCGUCGCGCAAGCCUUUGCGAAAGAGCUGUCUCAACUCUUUCAAAAUCUGAGAGCUUCAAAGCAAGCGGCCACGAAGCCCUCUCAGCGCCUGGCCAAUGCUGUGCUAUUAUCGACACACACUCUACUUCACAACUUUAAGCAGUCAUCUGAGCCGCCGGUCGGAUCAAGGCCGCCACCUUUACCUGCUCGACCAUCGCCAGCUCCCCCAAUUCAAUCCAUAGAGGACGUUGACAUGGGUAAUGCCAGUGUUGCGAAUGUCCUUGAGCCCUCCGAAAUGGCCAGUAAUUCUAGUUCGAGGACAUUGGUCGAUCAAGAGGAUGCCGGUUCCGAUCAUUUGCGUGAGAGGGCAGAAACUGUGCGUGGCUCUGGACAAGCAGAUGGUGUCACAGAUGCCCUAUCCAAGAACGAUGACUUCAUGGAUCAAUGCUCAAAGGGCCCUUCGCAAUUCACAAAGACAGAAAAUGCGACUGAAGCCACGAUUGAUACGCAGGAGAGUUAUCACGACGUUGAUAUGACCGAUGCUGAGAUUGAAACGGUAGACCAGAAAGUCUUGAAUGCGUUGGAGCAUCAGAAAAGAUCGUCUGGAACCGACCAGCAAGACGUUGAAGAAGUAAUGGGUAGCAUCAUCAAUCGCCUACAGGCUGCGAUCCGGCCGACAUCUGUCGACGAGAAAACUGGCAUCCAGCUUGAAAAGAUAAUGGAAACCUUUUUCGUGACUACGAUCAACUACACCAAGAAGUUCGACGAAAAAGAGUAUCAAUCAGAGAUCAGCUUUGAUCGUUCUAUAACUGCUUUUCCUGCUCCGGAUGGACCGUGUUCCUUGUAUGACGCCCUGGGCCGCAACUUCGAUCAGCAAAUACUGGAGGAGAGCAAGCUUUCACGGUACACAGCCAUCAAGACCCUGCCGCCUGUUUUACACGUCCUUAUUCAACGGUCUCAGUCCAUGGGUAGCAAGAAUGGCAACGCCGUAGUCAUUCCAGAGACGCUGUAUUUGGACAGAUAUAUGGAUGCUCCACAUGCUUCGCCGGUGUUCCGCCGGCGGGUCGAGGACUGGGCUUUGUCCGAUCGUAUAUCCGACCUGAAGUUUCAAAUUUCAAAAGUUGACUCCAAUCCGACAUAUUUGUCAUAUUUGGAGAAGUACUCAGCUGGAGCCCUGGAAACCGAAGGGGCAGAUGGAAAAGCAAACACCAAGUCGGCCGAUAGCGAAACGCCAGAAAUUGUCUCUGUUCCAGAGGAGAACUGGGAUUUUGAUGGUCCUGUGGAUGAGGAUUUCCUAGUUGUCACCCCAGCAACCUCGACGAGCUCUGAACAACUGAUACCACAUGAGCCCAGACAAAAUAUUCGUGCGACCGAUACUGCCAUUCGUCAGAUGAUGGAGGCUGAGCUGCAGCAGCGAGAACAGACCCUCAAGGAACAUCAAGAAAGUCUGAAAGGAACACCGUAUCGUUUGCAUGCUGUUAUCUGUCACCGUGGGCACUUGAUGUCAGGUCACUAUUGGGUGUGGAUUCACGACUUUGAGGAGAAUACUUGGAGAUGGUACAAUGAUGCCGACGUAAGGGAGAAUAAGAACACUGCGGAGGUUCUGGAGACUCUGAGUACGAGUGGCGAACCAUAUUUUCUUUGCUAUGUCCGAGAUAAGGAUAAAGCCGACUAUGUAAAUGUUCCGAAGCGACAGCCACCAACACCCCCCUCAGAACCACAAGAGAACCCGGCAUUACAGACGGUGACGGAUACGGAUGGGGACAUUGACGCCGUCACCCAAGAGAUGGCGCCUGUCAUUGAAGGAAUCGAACUCCUAGAUGAUGAAACUGGCAGUGGUCUUGAGAAAGGGAACGGUGAUGCGCAAAGAAUGGACAAUUAG